AUGGCUUCAAACCAAAAACUAUCGAAAACCUCUACUCCAACGAUACGUGGUUCGCAUUCUAUUAAUGCCUUCACGAUAUACACGUUCUUUCAGUUACUCAUCAACUUCCUCGGAGGCGAACGAGCCCUGAUUAUCAUGACCCAUGGCCGUGCUCCCGUCCAGCAUGCUUGGCCUCUAAACCAUUGCCUUCCCAAAGUCGACAUCUCCGAUCCCCAGACAUUUUUGGCCGUCAAGCGCGGCAUCCUCCAAUACACAUGGCUGAAGCCGAUUUUGGCCACGGUCUCCAUAAUUAUGAAAGCGACCGAUACAUACCAGGAAGGCUAUUUGGGUCUCACAUCAGGGUAUCUCUGGACGGGAAUUGUGUAUAACGUCAGCGUGACAGUCAGUCUCUACGCAUUAGCAAUGUUCUGGGUCUGCCUGCACAACGACCUGGCGCCUUUUCGUCCAGUCCCUAAGUUUCUCUGUGUGAAACUUAUCAUCUUCGCAUCGUAUUGGCAGGGGUUCUUCCUGUCGAUUCUGCAAUGGCUGGGGGCUUUGUCCAACGGCGUUGCAGGCUACACUCCCGACAAUCUGGCUGCCGCCAUUCAAGAUACUUUGAUCUGCUUUGAAAUGCCAAUCUUCGCAAUUACCCAUUGGUAUGCCUUUUCCUGGCACGACUAUGCCGACCCCACUAUCUCCGCUGCUCGCUUGCCCGUUGUCUAUGCUCUUCGAGACGCCUUCGGCAUUAAGGAUCUCAUUGAAGACACGAAGAUGACGCUGCGCGGUGAAAAUUAUGAGUACCGUCUCUUCGAUUCGGGGGAUCACAUUAUUGCACACGAAGAAUCCGAGUCCCGUCUUCGGCGGGUGAUGCAUGGCAUGAGGUACGAGCGUGGAGGAAAGGCGAAAUACUGGAUUCCUAAGCCCGGCGAGGUAAACAGCCGGACUCCGUUGCUGUCGGGCUUCGACGCAGGCUCGCGCAGGCAACGCAGCAGUACUUUGGAUCGAUACCGCUCUCCUCCUGGUGAACUCGAGGAAUUCGAAGUUGAUCAAGACGACGAAAGGAUCUUCAAUCAAGCCCGCGCGCUGGAAUUUGGUGACUGGAAUUAUCCUGUUAUCACGGCCAACGAGGCCCCGAGAGAUCAACAUUUACUGAGACCUGCCAGUUACCAACCCGCCCAGACACCUGACGUUGUCAAGAAGGCUCGCAAACAGCGGAAGGUUCGCGGCUCGAGCGAAUCCAAGAGCACGCACCGAAGCCACAGCAACACCUCGAGCCGGUCUCGUAACGAUUCUCUCCGAAGUCCGGGCUCGCGACCGACCCCCACGAGUUCGGCAUCUCACGGCUCCCACCGCAGUCAGUUGGUGGAUCUCGUCAUCGAGGACCGGGAAGCCGAAGAAGAGGAACAGGUCCAUGCCCAGCGAGCAUUUGGCUCAACGACGAUAGAGCCUGAACAAAAACACUUCCGGAGACCCUCAGGGGAACCAAUUAACGACGAUGCGCCAUCAGGGGCGGCUGAGAGGGAGGACAAUGCGGAUGGUGACGAACCCAAAACACGAACAUGGUCAUAUGGAGACCUGGAGGAAAAUGUCUGGGACCGAUGA